CUACACAGAAGUUGGGCAUGAGCUAAACAGGAUCAAACAUAAACCUAAUCAGAAGCCACUAUCUGAGUCAAACAGCCCAGUGUCUCGGUAGCUUUCAGUAUAGAGCCACAGUAAAGCCUGCUGUAGCAAUGUUCUUAGUUCAUAUGAGAAUUUUUUCCUCUGCGUAAUUUCCAGUCUCCUUUUUUUUUUUCCCCGUGUAACUUCAUGGUCGGCCAACCUCUUUUUUUUUCUGCCUUCUUCCCAGACUUUUUUCCUUUUUCUUUUUUUUUCUUUUUUUUUCGUGUAGGCUAAUACACAGGCCGGCGCUGCAAUUUCGGAAUCUGCCCUUGUAUAUGGCGGACGAAAAUUUCCACAGGAGGAACCGCAACACAAACCCCCUGUGCAAGGCAGACACGGAGAGGGUGCACGGACUGAGUAAACCUCGGCAAAUUCAUAAUUUAUUACGCCAUUACUCUUUACUAAAAUGUAACGUAGCGUGUCGCGGAGGAAGGAAGAAACGCCGUGGUGAAAAUUUUUAACAUUUGGAAUUUCUCAUAACUAAUUCACAAUUUUUUUUUUUUUUUUUUUUGAGGAAGCAGUUGUGUAGUCACCUCUGGUCGGGGAGGGAAGAUUUCGGGAGCGGGAGCCUGUUUCGCAUGAGCUGCAUCGUUUUUGGAGAAGCCGAGGCUCAGAGGAGGCGGAGUCAUGAGUGCACAAGAGGCACCCAGUUCUGUGAAGGAGCAGGCGGACAGUGGGAGUGCAGCCACAGAUGGCCCCUCACCAACCUUAGCCUCAACGACCAAGAAUCCUAGUCCACCACCUGUCACAGUUAAGAAAGAGCCUGGGACCUCGGAGACGAGCAACGGGAAAGUUGGUGAUGCCAAUCCUGCCGAGAUCUGUGUUGUCAUUGGAGGAAGUGAGGGAGGAGCAAGUGGAGGUGGAUCCCGUAGAGCUCAGACCGAGGGUAUGUUUGCCCUUGGUACUCCUCCUCCAACGAAGAGCACAGACUCAUGCAUAGGUUCCUAUGUAUGUGGGGUAUGCGGGAAGAAGUACAAGUAUUAUAACUGCUUUCAGACACACGUCAGGGCACACAGAGAAUCAGAGUCCAUGGUUGCCGAUGGCCUACCCCAGACACCCAACAGUAGCUUCCGUUACUCCUGUGACAUCUGUGGCAAGAAGUAUAAAUACUACAGCUGCUUUCAGGAGCACCGUGACCUGCAUGCAGUUGAUGAUCCUUAUGAACAGGUAGUGUUACCUGUGGAUGGCCUUAAAGAGGAGGAACCAGUUGAACCCUAUCAGAAAAUUGGACCAAGGGAAAAAGCACUCGCCCACCUCCGCAGAGACCGUGGGUUCAACCGACGGCAGCGGGUGUCCCUUCAAACACAAUUGGCAGUGUUCGCAGAAACUGGGAGCUAUAUUUGUGAGUUCUGUGGGAAGCAGUACAAGUACUUCAACCCAUACCAGGAGCAUGUUGCUCUUCACACUCCGAUGGGCUCCUUUGAUAUAAAGGCAUCACGGGUACAGGACUGUGGUAGUAUGGAUAUGAGUAAGUUUGGCCACAGCCAGACUGGUAAAAUGAAAAACAGUCCAUUCAGGCGAAAACUGGAGAGUGCGAUUCAGUCUAGUCUGGUUGACACAAACAGCUCGCAGAAUUCAAGCGGAACUCCGAGCCCUCUGGUGGCCAGCUCCUUCUCUACAACUCAGAAACCCUACACUUGUGGUGCCUGUGGCAUCCAGUUCCAGUUCUACAACAACCUGCUGGAGCACAUGCAGUCCCACGCUGCUGACAAUGAGAACCACACCAAAGGGGACUCUCCCAAAACCUCCUCAGCCUCGGGUCCUCAGGAGCAGCUGUGGCGAGGUUCUCAGGCUCAGGCCCAUUCCUCAGUUAAACUACAAAUCCAGCCUCAAAGUAUCUCCCAGAGAAACCACACACUCAGCCAAAAUAAUGGACUACCUGAGAAGGAGCGACAGCAGGUGGCUGAGCGCCUCUUACGGGUAAUGUGUUCAGAUCUGAGCAUGCUAAAUGUGCUUAACAGCAAGGACUUCCUGAAGUUGGCACAGACCCUAGUGGAUACGGGUGCUCGUCAUGGUGCCUACUCCACCCGUGAUGCUCUUGGCAACAUGAGUGCCUUGGCACUGCGCCAGCUGCCCCGCAUGUACAACCAAGUCAAAGUCAAGGUCACGUGUGCUCUAGGCUCCAAUGCUUCACUUGGCAUCGCUGUCACCUGCCACUCCCAGACAUCUGGACCAGAUGCUUGCUAUGUUCUCACAGCUUACCAGGUGGAGGGGUCGAGACUGAAGCGCUAUGUGCUCGGCGUGAGGGAGGCUGAGCUGAGGGAAGGGCCUGAGCAGGUUCACCACUGGGUGCAGAAUGUGCUGUCUGAGUUUGUGAUGUCAGACAUUCGCACUGUGUAUGUCUCAGAGCCCAGGGUGUGGUCAGCAGGAUUUGCUGGAUCACCAUUAGGUGGCGGUGGCCGGGGUAGGAUAUGCUUGCGGUGCGCGGGGUGUUCACUCGGCGCGGUUGUCCAGGCUGUUCUUGGGAAGCGCAGUCUCCAGGCUCGAGGUCUUCAUGAGCUGGCCGAGCUUCUCUCAACGUGCAGAGAUAUUGCCUCCUCCACCACACUGGCAUUUCGUGAGGAACAGAGCACCAACACAUCCACAAGCACAACUGAUGAAAGUACACAGAACAGCCCUGCACAGUGCCCCACUCCUCCCUGCUGGGAUCGCAUGGCUGAAGCUCUUCUGCAGGUUCAUGCCCACUUUGAACAGAUUUGUGAAGCUUAUGGACGCAGUAAGGCCACGGCUCCUGUGCUCCAAGGUCUCAACAAGCAUCUGCUCAGCACGCUGGCUUGUCUGUUGGCACCUCUGCGCCUGGCAGCUCUGGAGCUGAGCAGCCAGAGGAGACCAACCUUACAGCAGGUGCUGCCCGUCUACCUACGCCUGGAGAAGUUUUUCACAUCCAAAGCAGGAGAAGCUGGUACUGGCACAGCUAGCAAACUCUGCCACUACUUCCUAGAAGCACUUAAGGAAAAUUUCAAGGUUGAACGAGCUCACCAGGUAGCCAUGGUCCUGGACCCACAGCUCAAGCUGCGUUCAGUGCCGGCCUACCAGCAUGAAGACAUAAUCUCCCGUGCAUGCGAAAUGGCUGCUGAAACCAGGGAUGGAGGUAUGACAGGUGGUGGAGGUUCAGGUGGUGAAGAAAGGGACACUGAUGGCCCAACAACCCCUAAAAUAAGCCGCAUAGAGGGAGGUGGGAGCAAUGGUGGCACCGCACGGGGGACAUCCACAUCUUGCACAGUGUCUGGUAAUGAUGAGAGUCAGAGCCAAGUUAGACAAGAGAUUUUUCAAUACCUGGCUGAGCCUCUUCUCCAAGGCACACCUGAUCUCUUCCAGUAUUGGAGUUCAGCAGUGGGGGAGAAGUUCCCCAGGCUUGCUCGUCUGGCACUGUGGCUCCUUGCGGUGCCUGCCGUGGGCAUACGCGGUGAGUGUGUGACUGUGUGCGAGCAGAGCCUGGCUAUGAAGAGGAGGCAGCAGGUAACCGCUGAAGAAAUGAACAAACUCAUUUUCCUUCGCUCUAACAUGGGCUAGAAGAGAAACCCAACAAACCCUAAUCAACCAAACUUUCACCUCCAACAAAUGACUCAAGACUAUUAUUUAUAUACUGUAGGUUUAGACCAACUGUAAACUUCAAUGUGUAUGAACAUGAAAUACUUCUCGAGACAGAUAUUUACAGGAAAACUCACAUUGUAUAGGUUGCAAACACCCAUAAAACAGCUUAUUACAUAUUUUAUAUGGAGAAAGGACUGUUGUAAAGUACUGUGGACAAAAUGUAGGGGUGGAACGUUAACUCUCAAAAGAUUGUUCUGUUUGGUACGCCUCCCUCGGUUUGGGAUGCACACGUAAGCAGGAUGAGUUUCAGUCUUCUCUUGGCCAGUGAUUUGAAAUACUCCAGCCUAACUGCUUAAAGGCUACAAGGCUAUAAUGCUGUUAUUCUCACUGGAUGGCAACAUUUUCAGGUAAAAUCAGCUUUCACUGCUUGAAACUACUGUCAUAGACCUCUGAAAACAAUCAAACUGUCAAAGUUGUCAAAGAAGGACAUAGCAGUAAAUACUGUAGCAUAUACAGUAUGUUGUAGAAAUAUCAUUUUCAUUGGUGUAUGACCAAAAAAAAAAAACAAGCGGUGAAUCUUCACUGCCAUUGUACCUCUGACAAUUAAGUGUACUAGGUUUAUGAUCUACUGUUAUGUACCACUGAAAAUGAUAUGUUUCAACAUAUUCAGCCGUGGGAGAUUUCUGAGAGCUAAAACAUUACAGCUAAUUUGAUGGUUGCUUCAGUGGACUCAAAAUGUAGCUGCGGAUCAUUUGCAUGCACUGCACUGCAUGCAUUUUUCAUCCAGAAGGGUAAAAAAAAAACAAAAAAACAGCUGAUUAAACAUUAAUUCCAAUAUGAUGCCGUCCUCCUUGUAUAUGUUAAAAAGAGUGAAGAAAUCCAGUGUUUUGUUUUCUUUCUAAAGUGAAAGAGGUAAACAAUUCCGAAAUGGUCUUAUGCUGCUAGAUGUGCAAGUCAAACUUAUAGACAUGCACAAAAGUCAAAAUCAUAGGUUCACUUGUAUAAUUUUGAGUUUUUGCUCACGCACAAAGAGGGCAGCAUUAUAUCAGAACCUGUUUGUCGUCAGCUUUUACACUGAUAUCAUCCAGCCUUGCUAUACCUAAGCUGGAUUUCACCAACAAGGAAUUAAGAAACAUGCUGAAUGAAUAAAUCUUAUGUUAUCCUUUAAUACUUGAUGGAACUCAACUUGCAUGUCAGUAAAUAUAGAACAAUAACAUCAAGAGGCCAUUUUAUCUGGCUUGAUGAUAGUUUCCAGUACUGGUUAAUUCAGGAAUGCCACAUCAGUCAACUCUGUGAAAAGACACACCUACAAUUGUGUCUGCUGUCUCAGUUGCAUCAAUACACCUCGUUUUACAUCGAAGACGUUUUGCCUGAGCAUUGCCCUCAGAUAAACAGCAGUAGUGUUAUUAGCCAUCAGUUUGGUAAGCUUGUAGGCAAGGAUUUCAUUCAUAAGUGCACAAAUCCGUGUGUGCUUGCCCACUGUGUCUCUGUGUGUGUCUCUGUUUGUUUUCAAAGCUCAAUUAGAAAACUUUUUCCACAGGAAAGUUAUGGUUAUUAUUUUAUUUAUUAUUCUUUCCUCAUUUAUCAUUCUAAUAUAAACAUUGUCUUCCUUUUGUGAGCUACAGAUUUCCAUUUUUUUAAGGCAAUAAGCUUUAUCAUAGGGCAUAGUUUCCGACUUUCUCUAUUAAAAAUGACUGUUGUCAUGACGCACCUACACUUUAUUAUUAACAGUAAAUUAUUUUCUCUUUGUGAAAUCAACGGGAUUUUCUCAGGAAUGAGUGCACCCAAGCAGGCACCGCCACUUUUUCCUCACUGAACCUAAAACACACCAAACUGUGACCUCAAUGCCGAGGUAUGUACUGAACCGUGACUUUUGUGAAACGUUCCACCCCAAAUGCACUUAGUGCCAUUUGCAACAAACGAAAAAAAAAAAAAAAAGGAUCACUGAGGGUUUAUUUCUUU